AUGGAAGACUACAGCAACGACCCCAAACAUGGCCUCACCCCGGAGGCUGCCGCCCUGGCACAACUGGGUCACAAGCAAGAACUCAAGCGGAAUUUCUCCUUGAUUUCUAUGCUGGGUCUUGCUUUUGCCAUUCUCAACACAUGGACCGCCUUGGCCGCUUCAAUCACACUCGCUCUCCCCUCCGGCGGCGCUAGUUCCGUCAUCUGGGGUCUGAUCGUGGCCGGCAUCUGCAAUCUGUGUCAGGCCGCUUCUCUCGCCGAGUUCCUCUCCGCCUAUCCCACGGCCGGAGGUCAGUAUCACUGGGCCGCCAUUGUUUCAUGGAAGCGAUGGAGCCGCGGCAUUAGCUACGUGACGGGGUGGAUCAAUGUCUCCGGCUGGGUUGCCCUUAGUGCUACCGGCGGUUUGCUUGGCAGCACCUUCAUCAUGAACAUCAUUUCGCUGCUUCACCCCGACUUUGAGCCCAAGGCCUGGCAUCAAUUCUUGAUUUACAUCGCCUUCGCUCUCAUUGCCUUGGUCAUCAAUGCCUUCAUGACCAGAAUCCUGCCUCUCUUCACCAAGGCUGCCUUUUUCUGGUCGGUUGCCGGCUUCGUCAUCAUCAGCAUUACGGUCUUGGCGACCGCGUCCCCGGAUUACCAGUCUGGCGAGUUUGUCUACGGCAACUUCAUCAAUGAGGUUGGCUGGCCCGAUGGAAUGGCUUGGCUGCUCGGAUUGCUGCAGGGAGCAUUUGCCUUGACAGGUUUCGAUGCGGUUGCCCACAUGAUUGAGGAAAUCCCGGAGCCACAGAAGGAGGGCCCCAAGAUCAUGCUGUACUGCAUCGGCAUUGGCAUGUUCACUGGAUUCAUCUUUCUCACCGCGCUGCUCUUCUGCAUCAAGGACGUCGACAACGUCAUCAGCGCUGCUUACGGCCCGCUGCUGCAGAUCUUCAUGGACGCAACCAACAGCAAGGCUGGCAGCGUGUGCCUGCUCAUGUUCCCCCUCGUCUGCAUGCUCUUCACCACCGUCACCCUGGUCGCCACCAGUACCCGAAUGAGCUACGCUUUCGCUCGCGACCGAGGAAUGCCCUUCAGCAGCGUCUUCGCUCAGGUGCACCCUACUCUCGACGUGCCCAUCAACGCUCUGCUCUGGACUGUGGCUUGGGUCAUCAUCUUUGGCUGCAUCUUCCUGGGCUCUAGCAGCACCUUCAACGCCAUCACAUCGGCGUCCGUUGUGGCUCUCGGCGUCACCUACGCCAUUCCCCCGGCGAUCAAUGUCCUCCGCGGCCGAAAGAUGCUCCCGGAGAAUCGCUCUUUCAAGAUUCCCGAGCCUUUCGGCUGGAUUAUGAACCUGGUUGGAAUCAUGUGGGCUAUCUUGACCACCGUCUUGUUCGUGUUCCCUCCGGAGCUUCCAGUCACCCCCGCCAACAUGAACUACUGCAUUGUCGCCUUUGGCAUCAUUCUCCUCAUUUCGGGCGGUACUUGGAUUUUCGGCGGCCGAAAGACGUACAAGGGACCUGUCGUGGACAUCCAGGGCAUGUUCCACGGCACCGUUGACGGCUUGGAUGGCCUGGAAGGCCUGGACGCUGCGCAGUCGGAUAGCGUUCGCGAGGAUCACUCUGCGGAAAAGAAGUAA